GGUUUUUAGAAUUCGAAGUAGAGAGUCUUAUAGCAGAUCCAGGACAACGACCAAAUAUUUCAAGUUAUCACCCGAAUGACAGAGACAAAGUUAGAUGUGCAUAUUUGCAAAAAGGUCCUUGUCAACCAAGGACUCAUGAUUUUCCAUAAACUGCUUAUGGUUCUUCUUUUCGAAGAUUUAAUCCUAAUUGGUUUGAUGACUAUGGCAACUGGUUAGAGUAUAGUAUAUCAAAAGAUGCUGUUUUUUGUCUUUGUUGUUAUCUUAUGAAACCCGAGACUGAAGGUGGUGAUGCUUUUGUAACUAAUGGCUUUUCAAAUUGGAAAAAAAAGGAGAGACUACAAAUUCAUGUUGGGAUUCAUGAUAGCGCUCAUAAUCAGGCUUGGAGAAAAUGUGAAGCACUUAUGAGACCAAAACAACACAUCACUGCUGCUAUUGAAAAACAAUCUGAGCAAGCUAAAAAGAAUUAUCAAAUUCACUUGACAGCAACAAUUGAUUGUAUUAGAUUUCUUUUGCGACAAGGAUUGGCCUUUCGUGGUAAUGAUGAGACGGAUGAUUCUGUUAACCAAGGAAAUUUUUUGGAACUUCUAAAUUUUCUUGCGCAACAUAAUGAAGAGAUUGAUCGUGCUUUCAAAAAUGCUCGUGGAAAUCUUAAACUAAUAGCACCCUCAAUCCAAAAAGACAUUGUAAGAGCUGCUGCAAGGGAAACGACAAAAGUCAUUGUUGAUGAUCUUGGUGAUGAAUUAUUUGCUGUAUUGGUUGAUGAAGCCCGCGACAUUUCCAUUAAGGAGCAAAUGUCAGUUUGCUUAAGGUAUGUGAACAAAGAAGGACAAGUUAGGGAGCAUUUUCUUGGUCUUGUUCAUGUUUCUAAUACUAAUGCUUUAUCUCUAAAAUUAGCAUUGGAGUCAUUAUUAGAAACAUAUAAUUUAAGUUUAUCAAGAGUACGUGGACAAGGAUAUGAUGGUGCAAGUAACAUGCAAGGAGAAUUUAAUGGUUUGAAAACUUUGAUAUUGAAAGAAAAUUCUUAUGCUUUCUAUGUACAUUGCUUUGCCCACCAACUUCAGUUAGCUCUUGUAACGGUUACAAUUGAAGCAUUAAAGAGUGGAGAAAUUUCUAGUGGGCGUGGUUUGAAUCAAGAAACAGCUUUAAAAAGAGCUGGAGACACUAGAUGGGGUUCACACUAUGGAACUAUACUUAGAUUAAUUUCUUUAUUUCCUUCUGUAGUUAAUGUUCUUGAAUAUUUUGAGGAAGAUGGAAAUAAUUUAGAACAAAGAGCUGAAGCAUGUCAUUUAUUGAAUAUCAUUCAAUCUUUUGAAUUCAUUUUCAACUUACACUUGAUGAAAAAUAUCUUGGGAGUUACUAAUGAGUUAUCUCAGGCGUUACAAAGGAAUGAUCAAGAUAUUGUAAAUGCUAUGGCAUUAGUUAAAGUGUCUAAGCAACGAUUGCAAAAUAUAAGAGAUGAUAUUAUUGUUCCAAUCAUGGAUGAUAUAUUUGUGUCACAAGGAAGAUCAAGACGCAAAGCUCAAAAGAUAUCAAAUUUGUAUCAUUUUCAAGUUGAGAUAUUCUAUCAAGUAGUUGAUAGACAACUUCAAGAACUCAAUAAUCGUUUUACAGAGGUGAAUACUGAAUUACUUCUUUGCAUAGCUUGUUUGAAUCCAAGACACUCAUUUUUUGCACUAGAUGUGCGUUCUGAUGAUCAUUUUUCGGACUUAAAUGGAAUUGGUGCUCUUUCUCAGAAGUUGGUUGAGACUCGAAAGAAUAUUGUUUAUCCAUUAGUGUUUCUUCUUUUAAAGUUGGCUUUAGUUUUGCCUGUAGCAACUGCAUCAGUUGAAAGAACUUUUUCUGCUAUGAACAUCAUAAAGAGUCGACUUCGUAACUGUAUGGGAGAUGAAUUUUUAAAUGAUUAUUUAGUGACAUACAUAGAAAGAGAGACAUUUGAUUGUAUUGACAAUGAAAAGAUUAUUCAAUCUUUUCAAAAUAUGAAACCUAGAAGAAUGGAAUUCUAA